AUGGAGGAGGUUUCAGCAGCUGGCUCGAUCAACAUCUGCAUCCAAGGCUCAAAAACAUGGUGUACUCCGUACAGGCUGCAAAUCGACAACUUCUCUUCUCAGCAGGAGCUGGAGGCGAGGAACCUUCCCUUCUUCGGCAAUAUUCUAACACGCAAGAUCGACGGUCGGUUUGGAGCGAGCGGCGUGGCUGUCUUCAACUUCAUUCGGGAUCUUUUGGUGCUUAACUUUGUCAUCAGCUUGCUCAUGUUGGCCACACUAGGAAUACCUUUCGUCACAGAAGUAAUUUUAAAAGACAAGUACAAUGAUCUAGUGAUGGGCGGCUGGAAGGCAUGGACUCCUAAUGCUUCUGACUACAUGCCUCCCUCUAGCUCCUUUGCCUCCCUCUCUGCCAGCCCUACUGACAGCGAGUCCUGUUUCUACUUCAAACCCACCUUCGACAACAACAUGGUACAGGACUGUUCCGUAUUCUACUUCAGCAAGCACAACCAAGACAGUCCGCUUACUCCUCCCCUCGUGUCAGAAGUACUGUUGGGCAAGGGAUUCGUGGAGUACUCGCCACUCUUCCUGGGGUGUUACCCUGCCGCCUUGCACGACUCUUUGUACCCAUGGCCGUCCGUUCACUUGACGGCUGUGGCAUCCGUGUUCGCCGUGUCUUUGGUGACCGUAGUGACACGGGUGGGUCAGUGGCUUCGCUACAUUGCCUUCGUCUCGGGGGGCCUCAUUUUCUCGAAGAUGAUCUUCUGUGGGUAUGAUUUCUCCCUUACAGACAAGCGCUUCAUAAUAUCAAAGCAAAGUAUUCUGAGAACUGAAAUUCGUGCUGCUCUUGACGAAGAUGAGUUUCAGCGAAGCAAAAGUCGCAGGACUCCUUCCGAACUGGCUAGGCUGCACAUCAAAAGAAUUGUGGUCAAUUGUGUGAUCUGUCUGGUGGUGGCGGUAGGGUGUUUAGUGAUCGUCAUGGUCGCCAAACACAGCCUGGCACUAAUAGGAAGCAUAAACUUUAGUGACCCUUGGCUGGAAGAUAUGGCGCAGUUUCUUCUCAGCUUCUUGGACACCCUGACGGUGUGGUUGCUGGGGCUGGUGCUGCCGCCGCUGCUCUCCUCACUGGGCUCAGUAGAGGAGUACAGUAGUCGAGUCACGUUGUUGCUCUUCAUCCUCCGCAAUGCCGCGUUUCGUUUCAUCUCCAUCGGUACGCUCGUGGUAUCACAGCUGAGCGUGAGUGCCCACGACGCUUCAUGUCGCAGCGACACGCCGUGCUGGGAAACGGCGCUUGGCAAAAAACUGUAUGCACAGGUGGUGUGGGACUUCCUGAUGAGGAUGGUGAGGAUGCUACUGCUGCUUUUCUAUAGGAUUCUGACGAUACCAUGCGCUCUAUAUAAUGACGCGUUCCUGCCAACAUUCGAUAUAGCAGAGAAAGUGUUGGACGCGCUAUCGUUGCAGACACUGUGCUGGUUGAGCGUGCCCGUGGCGCCGUUAGUACCGGUGCUGGUGUUUGCAUCUCUACUGGUAAUGUGGCUAUUAGAGAUGGCGGCGGCACUGCUGGCCUCGCGCCCUGCUACACGUGUCAUUCAAGUGUCCCGCUCCUCCGCCAUGUUCAUGGUGGUGUUGACGGUGGCGUGGGUCGCGGCUGCUGCCCACGCCAUUACCGUGUUGGUCUUCCUGCAGCCUUCCCUUGGUUGUGGACCUUUCAGAGGACUCGAACGUGCCUGUGAUGCCUUCACGUACUCUGUGUGUGUGAUGGACGGGGUUUGGACGUGGUUCAGGUAAGGCAAAGCCCUAGUUGUCAUCAAGUCUUUAAAAAAUAAUGAUAACUAAAUAAAGAAAAUAAAUAUUGUGAGGUCCCGGGCAUUUUGUACAGUAAUAAUAUUACCCAUCAAUAGUUCGUUUCAGCGUCAUUGAUGUCACAAUAUAUUCCAUGUCCUAGGACGAUACUUCUCCGUCUAGAUGACCCGGCGGUACUGUGGGCCGCUGUCGCCUUCAUGUUGUUACCUGCCACCUAUUACCUGAUGCUGCUGCACUGCCGCCAGAACACCAUCGAGGCACUGGGGAGGCGCCUGAAGGAUGUUUCUGUCAGUAAGCAAUUCCUGAUGAAGGCGCAGAGGCGGAUCAACUUAACCAAAGGGUCAAACCCAGUGCAAGAAGACAACAGCGACACCACCACCACCACCACCACCUCCACCACCACCACCACCACCAACAACAACAACAACAGCAGCAACAGCAGCAACAGCAGCAGCAACAGCAGCAGCAACAGCAGCAGCAACAGCAGCAACAGCAGCAGCAGCAGCAACAACAACAACAACAACGACAACAACAACAACAACAACAACAACAACAACAACAACAACAUCAACAACAACAAUAACAACAAUAGCAACAAUGUUUAAUGAAACCAGGCUAUGAAGUCACACCCUGUACAAUAUAAUCUAUGCCAUUUCAGUGACCGAUAUGAUUGGGCUACUCAGGACCCAGGUGGGACAAGACCAAGGUAGGACGGCGGGGUGGGUGGGUUGGCCGGGGCGGACGGGGACAGCAGGUGCGGGAGCUGGGAAGGGAGUGUGACGGAGCGAACAAGGCACGGAUCAGAUGGGCGCCGCGAUGACUAGUACAGCCGCGCCCUAGCCUCGCUACACACACACACACACACACACACACACACACACACACACACACACAUUUUAGAUGUAUUUUCUGUCUUUAAA